GGCAUUCACUCUAAUGGAAAGUGAAAACAGUUCCUCCGAUUCUCCGACUCCUGUCCGUAAGAUUGUCACCGUGGCUGCCAUUGCUGCCGGUGUUCAAUUUGGAUGGGCGCUUCAACUGUCCCUUCUCACUCCUUAUUCCCAAACCCUUGGAGUCCCCCACACAUGGUCCUCAUUCAUCUGGCUUUGCGGCCCCAUCUCUGGUCUCCUUGUGCAGCCCAUUGUAGGCUACUAUAGUGAUAACUGCACCUCUAAAUUUGGCCGCCGCCGCCCCUUCAUAUCAGCCGGCGCCGUCGCUGUUGCCAUCGCCGUCUUCCUCAUCGGCUUCGCCAAGGAUAUCGGCCACCAUGCUGGUGAUUCCUUGGAGAAACACACCAAGCCAAGAGCGGUGGCGAUUUUCGUCGUCGGGUUUUGGAUCCUUGACGUGGCUAAUAACAUGUUACAAGGGCCAUGCCGAGCUUUCCUGGCGGAUCUCUCUGCGGACAAUCAUAAAACGAUGCGUAUCUCUAACUUUUUGUUUUCGUUCUUCAUGGCCGUCGGAAAUGUCCUCGGAUAUUCGGCCGGCUCCUUCUCGGGCCUCCAUAAAAUGUUCCCUUUCACACAAACUGCGGCUUGCGACGUUUACUGCGCAAACCUCAAAACAUGCUUCAUUAUCGAUAUCAUUCUCCUCCUCUUUGUCACCAUCACGGCGAUUACCACUGUCAGUGAGACGCCGUUAAAGAAACCACAAGAUCCCGAACCUCGUCCCUCCGGGAUCCCCUUUUUCGGCGAUUUAUUCACCGCAUUUAAAGGCCUUAAAAAACCGAUGUGGUUUUUGCUUUUAGUCACGAGCCUUAAUUGGAUCGCGUGGUUCCCAUUUCUCCUGUUCGACACGGACUGGAUGGGGAAAGAGGUGUACGGCGGAAACGUUGACGGGAACGACGCGGAGUCAAAGCUGUACGAUAAGGGUGUCCGCGCCGGAGCGCUGGGGUUGAUGAUCAAUUCCAUUGUGUUGGGUUUUUCUUCGCUGGCGUUGGAGCCGUUGGGACGGGUCGUUGGUGGCGUUAAGAACUUGUGGGGUAUUGUUAAUUUUAUAUUGUGCGCAUGUUUGGCUUCCACGGUGGGAAUCACCAAGAUGGCAGAGGCUUGGAGACGUAGACACCCCGGCGUUCUCUCGCCGCCUCCAUCCAAUGUCAAGGCUUCUGCCUUGUCCAUGUUUGGUCUCUUGGGAAUUCCCCUCUCGGUGACAUUCAGUAUUCCAUUUGCGCUUGCAUCGAUCUUUUGCUCUUCCACCGGUGGUGGUCAAGGGCUUUCUUUAGGCGUGCUAAAUAUGUCAAUUGUCAUACCACAGAUGUUCGUCUCAGUAAUCAGUGGACCGCUGGAUAAGGCAUUUGGUGGAGGCAAUUUAUCUGCUUUUGUAUUAGGAUCUAUUGCAGCGGCAAUCAGUGCUUUGAUGGCUAUUUUUGUGCUUCCAAAACCGCCUAAACAAGUCUCAAUAGUUCCUGGAAUGGCUGGAGGACACUAGCUUCUUCCCUCCCAGAGUUCUAUCUUUGUUUCUGUGUUAAAAUUAAGCUUUUGGGUUUCAAUUGGUAGUGGCUUUUUUGUUCUUGAACACCUUUAUUUUUACUCUAGAAUAGUAAUGAAAGAAAAUUUGGAUCUUUGGGGGAUGGGGGAUGAGAGCUUUAGACUAUGGUAGAGCUUGAAAUCUUGAUCACCUCCUCCAAAUACUUUAAGGUUUAUGGUCAAAUUAUUGGAUCUAAAGAUUGGAUUCAAUCAAAUACUUAUAUCUAUCGUAAUUUGUCAAGUAUGUACUUAAGUUUUUUUUUUCUUUUUUUGUACUAUACUAUUGUAAUUUGUCAAGUAUGUACUUAAGUUUUUUUUUUUUCUUUUUUUGUACUAUACUAUUGUUUUACGGUUUGAUCAUAAAAUAAUAUAUAUUUAUAGUCUAU